UGCCCCAUCAUUGGUGUCAGUGGGAGGAAUAGUGCCCCCAUCAUUGGUGUCAGUGGGAGGAAUAGUGCCCCAUCAUUGGUGUCAGUGGGAGGAAUAGUGCCCCAUCAUUGGUGUCAGUGGGGGAGGAAUAGUGCCCCAUCAUUGGUGUCAGUGGGAGGAAUAGUGCCCCAUCAUUGGUGUCAGUGGGAGGAAUAG